CUAGUCGCACUACUAUUUGAUACAGAGAAACAUGGAUCCUGUUCACUUUACUAAAUGCAAGAGUUUUCGUUACUAUUUUAACUAAUCACACUACAUGAAGUAUGUUUCAUAUAAACAUGAGACUUUUUCUGGACGUUAUUUUAAUUAUUGUUAUUUUACGGCCGUCUGUGUUUGGUAAUAUUUUCAACGAGAACGAGGAACUGGAUAUAGAAAAGCUCGUGCAGACGACAUUGAAAUGUCGCCAGAUACCAGGGCUGGCACUAACAGUUGUUAAAGGAGAUGAUGUGUGGUCGCGUGGGUUCGGCAGCGCGGACAUCUCGGCUGGUAUUCCGGUGAACAAUUCCACUCUGUUCGCCAUUGGCUCCGUAACAAAGUCCUUCACCAUGGUGCUGCUCAGUAUUCUACUGACUGAGAAAAAACUGGACUGGACGGCCAAGGUGAUGGACAUUCUGGGUCCCGAGUACGGCUUCGUGGACGAUUAUCGAACAAGGGAGAGCACUCUGAAGGACCUUCUCUCACACCGUACUGGACUGGACGGGCUCGAAAUAGGGGUCAUCAGCGGAUAUCCGAAAUCCGUUACUAGGGAAGAACUGUGCAAGAAAAUAUCAUUCCUACCGGCACAAAGAGCAUUUCGAGAUGGCACAACUUACAACAACUACAUGUACAUGCUUCUGGGACAAGUUGCCGAGAAACUAGGCGGAGACACCUGGGAAAACCUUAUGACGUCACGUGUCUUUCGCCCAAUCGGAAUGACCUCAUCAAGAAUAUUACAAGAGCCGUUUGAGCUUUUUAAAGGAGACGUUGCAAGACCGUAUAUGAUGAUAAACGGACAGUUUGUUCUAGGAACUCAAGAGAUUUACAAAAUAUCACCAUUGGAAGCGUCCGGGGCUAUUCUCUCAAACGGUGUCGACAUGGCAAAGUACAUCCGGUUUAACCUCAACAUGGGCAAGACUGAUAAUGGGACACAACUCCUGGAUCCAAAACUGCUAAUGGAAUCAUAUACUGAUAUUUCUGAGUAUACAGGACAGCAAUAUCGCGCAAUCACUCGGCCUACAUUUCCGGUCUCAGACAUCCAUCUGGGAUAUGGGCAAGGCUGGAUUGUGGGGAACUACAACGGUUACAAGAAGGUGUGGCACAGCGGAACUGUGAUUUCCUACAAAACACUUGCUUGGAUGUUUCCAGAGCUACGUAUCGGUAUCUUGGGAACAAGUAAUGGUCCCGCAAUAGAUGUGCAACAAGCAGAUGCUCUGACGACAAUUUUGUAUCACAUAAUUGAUCGUUUGCUUGGCUUUACACCUUGGAUUAAUGUCACAAAUGUAUGUACGUUUCCGAAACCAUGGCAAGAAGAAAUCUCAAUGGGUUACGGUCCGGGUGAGACCGAACGUGUGUUGCAAAACGCGCAAGAAUACACGGGCUACUACGACAACAACAUGCUGACUGGUAUAAAAUUGGAAAAAGAUAACGAAAGCAACACACGUUUAAAGUUUACCAUGGGUCACCUUAAGGGAAACCUGUAUUCAACGCCUCAUCAAGAUCGUUUUCUGAUGGAAUUCCUUUCCCCUGCCGAACUGUAUCGACCAUACAUGGAUCAGAACAAUGUAACAAUGAAGUUCAAUGUGUCAUUUGAACGUAAAAAUAAUGAAGUCGCUACCAUGCAAAUGUACUUCAACAAAGUGCCUCUGAAUUUUAUCAAACGAGGUCACUUACAACCUAAAAUAGAUACCCUUUCAAGUGGAAAGAAACGUUUAUUUGAUGUUUUGCAAUGGUUGAAGUAUAUCGUAUUGCUGACGCUGACAACGGACCUUUUAUGAUGCUGUUUUUUUUCUGCGUUUCCCACUUUUUAAAACUGUGAAUAUUCUAUCAUAUUUGUCAUAAACAAUCUUCUUAUUCCUACUUUUUUUAUUUUGAUAAGGAUGAUGAUUACCCUUGAGGUAAGGCUUGCAGUAGAAGUGAGUUUACUGUUUUGUAAGUGUUUGUAAAAAUUACACUUUUAAUUAAGAUCAUACUUCUAAGCACAGGAUACAAAAUACCUUAUUUUUCAUUAUUAAUACUAGUAUGCACUGCAAUAGCAACAUCCAUAUUCUUUACACGUCAUAUGUAUUUUUACGUUUCUAAUUAAAAUCUAAUCAUUCACAUGAAAAAUCAGAAAGACCGUAAACAAACCAAAUGAUGUCAUUGUGUAUUUGCUUGAUUCGGCAGGAUGAAAAUAAUGCAAUAAAUGUUUACUUACA